CAACUAGUUAAAUAAAAGAAAAUUUAAUGGGGUUUUAGUUUUUUUUUGUAAAUAAGCUAAAAAGAGAAAAAAGGAUUCGUCUUGUUGCAAUUAAUUUCGAUUUCGAUCUCUACGAAAUUUAACGGAUAGGGAUGUGUGUAAGAAAGCUAGGGAUUUGGGCAAAACUUAAAUGCAAAUUGGAAAAUGGGGAAGAAGAAAGUGUGAGAGACGAGAAACAGAGGUAAAAAAAACAAA